UCGAAGAACGAAUUGGAACGUAGCAGGAAGUCGUACUGUUGAAGAAGAAUCAGGUGGCGGGAACGACUACACGUCUAGUUAAAGUAUAAUAGCUUUCAACUGGUUAACGUUGUAAAACUUGUGUUUGUAGUGUAGCAACUAUUUAUUUUUGGCAUAAUAUCAUAAGAAGAUAUCCUUAAUAACUGGAGCAGGCCAGGCAUGAGUGGCGCACACCUGGACGAAUGGCAGAGGAGGUCCUUUGACAUUUUAUCUGGCAACUGUACACCUGAACAGAAGGCCGAUGCCUACCGGGCCCACAUCCUCUCCAUUCAGUAUGCAUGGGCAAGCUCCCAGCUCUCUCAGGCCGGCAUGGCCAGCCUGCUCAGUACCUACUCGGAACGCUACGCCGCAGUGCUGGACUCGGAUGACCCCCGCACAGGGCUUAACAACUAUGCAGAGAGCGCACUGCAUCUGGCCCGCAGUCAGAGGAACUACAGUGACAAAUGGGAAUCGUCUCUGACCAUGGAGAGUGUGCUGGAGUUGCCCUGCGUGCAGAAGAUGAUUCAGGCUGGGACUGGGGGAGGAGGCUCCCUGGUGGCACCAGGAGAUGUUAACAUAUCUGUAGGGCUAGAGAGCAGAGGCAGCUCCCUGUCUGCUCCCUUUACUGCAGUCAGGUCAGAGGCUGCAUUGUUCAAACCUGUAGGACCACCACAGCCUAAAACAGAGGUGAACAACACUGCCAGUAAUCCUGUUACUAAUAUUACAUCAGAGAGGCCAAGAGGCUCUGAGGGGAUCUCCGGUAAUCCAUACUCAUUCUCCCGACCUCCAGCCCGACCACAGUCUGUGUUUAGUCAUCCUCCUUCAGUUCUUCCACAGGGAAACCCUGGCCCAGCAGGGGGCACACAAAACUAUCAGUCCUCUUUCUUCCCCACCUCCAACCCUUCUAAGCGGAAGAAUUUUUACAACCCAGAUGGAGGGGAUGGUGGCAGGGGGCAACAUGGAAAUCAAGCAGGCACUGACCCGCGAGCUGGAAGCAACUUUAAAACGGCUCGCGAGCAGUUUGUUGUUGAUCAACAGAAAAAACAUUCCCAUCAGACACAAAGAGGUCAGACCACUGGGGUGGCAGCAACUGUGAAGAAAUCUCUGGGUGCUAACAGACCUCGAGGUGCAUUUUCUAAAUUUGUGUCACCUAUUCCACGACAGGAGGAGGAAGAAGGUGGGGCGAGCAGUAAUUCCAAUCAGGAACCUCAGAUCCUGGAUGAACGUCUGAAAAACUUUGAGCCAAAGAUAAUCGAGCUGAUCAUGAGUGAGAUCAUGGACCACGGGCCUCCUGUUGCCUGGGAUGACAUAGCAGGCCUGGAGUUUGCCAAGACCACCAUAAAGGAGAUUGUGGUUUGGCCCAUGCUGCGACCUGACAUCUUUACUGGCCUCCGUGGUCCACCCAAAGGCAUCCUGUUGUUUGGACCCCCAGGGACCGGAAAAACUCUGAUAGGAAAAUGCAUAGCUUGCCAGUCAGGUGCCACCUUCUUUAGCAUCAGUGCUUCAUCGCUCACAUCCAAGUGGGUGGGUGAAGGAGAGAAAAUGGUGCGAGCCCUGUUUGCCAUUGCCCGCUGCCACCAGCCUGCUGUCAUUUUCAUUGAUGAAAUUGACUCACUGUUGUCCCAGCGGACAGACGGGGAGCACGAUUCGUCCCGUAGGAUAAAGACAGAGUUCUUGGUUCAGCUGGACGGGGCAGCCACAGCAGCCGAGGACCGCAUCCUGGUGGUGGGCGCCACCAACCGACCUCAAGAGAUAGACGAGGCUGCCCGACGACGCCUGGCAAAAAGGUUAUACAUCCCCCUGCCUGAGGCAACCGCCCGAUGGCAGAUAGUGACUAACCUCAUGGCCCAAGAGAAGAACCAGCUGAUAGAGCAAGAGCUGGAGAGCGUGGUAACAGCCACCAAGGGCUUUUCGGGGGCUGAUAUGACUCAGCUAUGUAGAGAAGCAGCUCUGGGGCCCAUCCGCAGCAUCCAGCUCAGUGACAUCGCCUCUAUCACUGCAGAUCAGGUGCGACCAAUCCUCUACAGUGACUUCCAGGAGGCUCUGAAGACAGUGCGACCCAGUGUCUCAUCAAAAGACUUGGAGCUGUAUGAAGAGUGGAAUAAGACUUUUGGAUGUGGACGUUAAACUUGGCUCCUCAUCCUGAUUAUCCUCUACCUCUGUUAAAGUUAUGUUAGGAUGUUAUUUUGAACUGAGUUGAGAUAAACACUUCAGCUCUGGAUAAAUCUAUAGAUCUUAAAUAUUUCCUUUGUUGCACACAAGGCACAUAGAGUGGGUGGACAAAAUAGCAGGAGCACCUUACACUAUUGCCUUACAAUUGGAUCAACAACUCUGUGACAGUCUCAUCAAAAAGCCUGAAAGAUUAUAAGCUUCACAAAGAUAAUUUUCUAAAUGCAGAGAUGUGUGUUAGAUUGCAUUACACUGAGCAGGUGUUUCUGUUAUUUUGUCCACCCCCUGAGUGCCCAACGGGUCAUUUAAUUAAACAGUUAAUCUCUUUACAACCAACCUGAUGUUUUCCGAUCCAUUAAUAUUACUCUUUACUCACAGGCUGUUGUAACUACACUUGAAACUAAAAUAUAAACAUAUCAGCUGAAGUGAAUGGUGUGUUAACAUAGUUUUUGAAAAUGCAGCCAUAUACUUGUUAUAAUUAUAGUUAUUUGUAUUCACAGUAAUCUUCGUGGUGAGAGAAUGAAAGACUUUUCUGUUUGGAGAAAUUGCUCUGAAAAUUGUUUAAUGUAAUGCAUUAAAAUUAUUUUCAGGAGCUUGUAAUGGCCAGACUCUUCUGUUUAGAUAAUAAUUUUACCUUUGCUUUGUGGUUUUGUGUAAGCAUUAGGCACCAUGUUGGGUACAUGAACUGUGUUCCAGAUGAAGCAUUGAGCUUGUUUUAAAUUCCUUUAUAGCAGUUAGCAUCAUUUUUGUAAUACUUGAGGAUGGACAUCCAGCAUAUUUAGUAUUCAUUCCCAGAGAUAUUCUCACCUAUAUCAUAUACAGUAUAUCAAGACAGAACAUUUUCUCAUUGCUUUAGUUUGUUUCAAUUAAUUGCAUUGCCAGAAUUGUAUGUUUUCCUAAUAAAAUGAAAUUUUGCCCUGA